GCGGCGAAAACACUACCAAAAUUGGUCAGCAAGCGCCUGAAAUGGAACAAAGACACCGCCUACAAUGCGACAUGGGCUUCCAAGGCCGCCUGGGCCGCUUCCAGCUGGUCCACGUCCAUUGCUGGGUCCUCGGCGGUCUCCUCGAUUUCCGCCGUGUCAUUCUCCCCAGCCUCUCGUUCAAUAGCAGCGCGCAUCGUCUGGAUCGUUCUACACGGGUCUUCCCCUUCGGAAUAUAGUCAGCAACAGGUCCUAAAUCGACAAACGACACUCGAAAAAUC